CGCACCUGCCCGCACGCUCCCGGGGCCCGCAGGUGCGGAAGACGGCGAAACUCCACGCCCCGCGGAGACAGGCCAGCCUCAGCCAGACGAAAGGGGGGCGCGGUCGGCUGGAGCUCCCUGGCUGACCAGUCAGACUGUGCCUUUUUAGGCAAGAAGCAUGGAGGUAAUUCAUGGCAGGCCCUACUGUUGCAGGGAGCUGGAUGGAGCUGACAUCCUGUCGGACACCCUUUACUCUCAUCAACUGCACACUCCGCUAGAAACAACAACUCGCCCAAUCGCUUCAAAGGACAGGUACCAGGAGCUGAGGGAGGCCCUCCCACAGUGCAGGCUUCCAUGGGGUGCUGAAAGGGAGUAUGGUGGCAUUAUCCCAACCGCCCUCCCUGAAGAACACAGGCCAAAAUGCGAGCCUCCCUGUGUCAUGGGCAAAGGACAUCAACAUUAUGGAUUUGGUGGUGAGAUCUGGCCAAGGUUGCCCAAACCACCUAAUUCAGCAGUAGGAGAAAUCUGCUCGUCAUAUCCAAUUGAGCAUCCCUACCAUACACACACAUGCCGCGGUGCCAUGUUCCCGACCUUCACAUCGCCUAAGGACCUCUACACUGGCAUUAAAGCCCAUACCCAGCAGCCUUUUCCUCCUACGGUACCAACCAAAGCCUAUGAUACAACAAUUUUAAAGACAAGAGGUAAUCCUUACAGAUAUGAACUGCUUGAUUUUCCCAUGGAUUCAAAGAAGAAAGCAUUGACUUGGCCAGGUCAAGGUGUAUAUUAUGAUUUUCCUAAAUGUGUUGAGAGAAAUAAGCCAAUAUUCUACCCCAAGCCUCCUAAAACCUUUGCUCCUAACACGACCUUGAAUUCAUGGGAUGCUCUGAACCCCUCAAAAGAAACCAAUAUACAAAGAAAUCUUGAGAGGUCCCACUGGAUCACUUCAUACACUAAUGAUUUCACAGGUCUGGGGCCCAUGAGCCCCCUUGAACUGGAUGAUUACCAUGAGAAGAAGGUAGCAGAGCUAACUGGACAGAUAGGAUUUGACCCACAGCCUCAAGAAAAAUUCCAUCCUGCCUUAAAACCUUCCAGACCUUUGGAAGGGCGAAUUGCCAGACUUACUCAGAACCGACGGCCUCUGGAGGCUUUUGUCCAGCAAGGGCCAACUUCCUGUCCAGAUUGUACCCCUAGAGCUCUGUGUGCUUUUCAUACGUUCAUACCCAGUUCUAUAGAAAUGAUGGCAUGGAACGAUAACCUACUGUCUGGGAUGACCCAUAAAAACCAGGAUAUCGAAGAGAAGAUCAAGGAAGAACAAGGCUUGAUGUCUACCUAUACGCUCCCAACUUGUUACUCAGCAAAAGAUCUGACUAGCCUUUAUGACAUAAAACCAUUUUCAAAAAUCACAGACACCAAAAAGACAGAUGAUUUGUACUGGAGACAGCUGGCAUUAAAACCCCUACCCAUAUCCUGCUUUAAGUCAAACCACUACAUUGACUAUGAAUCUUUUAAAUCUGCCUUCAGUGAUCCAUACGCUGUGUGUCAAAACCCCAUCCACCUCAGUAAGUCUAGUAUUCUACAAAGCAAAUCAGAUAUGGACUAUUUCACUUAUGACAAUUGUUUAAGUAAACCAGAAUUGUUGGGCUUGGACAUGGAAAGCAAUGAAGAAACAAGACCUAUUCUGGGCUGGAUUCCUAGAGCAAGAGUGGCCAAGCCUCAGACCAACCUGCUGGAUCUUAGGAAUUCAUUUUCAAAAUCCACUGCACGGAAACGUUUCCAUAAUUCCAUCCUCGAAGACCAUAAAGACCUCAGGGAUAAAUUGCACUCGGGGAUGAAGCACCAGUUCUAUGGCCACAAUGCCCAUUAUUUCUAUAAUUGAGACAUUCCUUCCCUUUUAAGACCCAGCCUCUUGCAAGAAGGUAAAAUAUAUCACAGAAUUCCCUGCAUUUGGCUGGAUUCUGUUUCUGUAUUAAGCUAUAAUGACCUUGUUAAUGAGAUUUGUGUUUUCAAGAAUUUAAGUUAGGAUCUGGUCAGAAGGACCCAAAGUAAUGUUCUGACUUUUUGAAGUAUUUAACAGUUUGUCAAUAAAAUAAGAGCAAGAAAAAAUUUAUAGUCUUUAGCCUCAUUUUAAAAUUAUACCCUGUGAAGAAAUUUUCAAAAAUCAGGAAAAGCAACAUGUACAACAAAGUUUACAUCGUUUUGUGAAAAAUGUAAAGUUGAAAAAAUUCAAAUAUUGAAAAACCAAGAGAGGAUUAUACAAUGUAUAGU